UGUUUCGCCCGGGCGCCUCCGUGCGCUCGGCCAACGGCCUCUGAGAGCGCCCACCCGAGCCCCGGAGCCGGCGGGUGGCGGCCCUCGCCGGGGACCCCCCAGCGGGCCCAGGGCUCCUGCUUUCCUCCCCCAGAGAGGAAGUGGCUCAGAAUCCAGCACGUGCACAUUGAAGCAAGUUAAAGGAUUUACUAUGAAGCACAGAAGCAGAUAGUGCCAAAUAGCAAGUAGUCGUUGGUACACAUUUCUGGAAAAGCAGUGUCCGUGUUGUUAUGUACACCUCCAAAAAAGUUCAGAUCUGUAGGGGAAUUGUUGUGUAAAGUAAACUGAACUACAGGGUAGCAGUAUUUUAAUAGCUAUUAUAGACGUGUAUUUACUAUAUUAAAAAUGAGUAAAAGAAAAACCAGUGACCCACCAAUAGGAAGCAUUUUGUUUGGGGGUAACUUUCUGCUGCAUUUCCCUGGAGCAUGGAUCCUUCUUUAAUUCAGGUUACUCCGUGCAUCUGUACCAUCUUUCCCCUAAAAGAGUGAGUGGGGCGGCAUUUCCUUCUCCCACUGCUGCUGAGAUGGCGGAGAUUAGUCGAAUUCAGUAUGAAAUGGAGUACACUGAAGGUAUCAGUCAGCGAAUGAGGGUCCCGGAAAAACUAAAGGUGGCGCCACCAAAUGCUGACCUGGAACAAGAAUUCCAAGAAGGAGUUCCGAACGCCAGCAUGAUCAUGCAGGUUCCAGAGAGGAUUGUUGUAGCAGGAAAUAAUGAAGACAUUCCAUUUUCAAGACCAGGAGAUCUUGACCUCAUGCAGUCAACUUCUUUUAAAUCUCUGGCAUUAAAAACACCACCUCGUGUACUUACGCUAAGUGAAAGACCACUAGAUUUUUUGGAUUUAGAGAGACCUUCUUCAACCCCUCAAAAUGAAGAAGUCCGUGCAGUCGGCAGGCUAAAAAGAGAGCGUUCUAUGAGUGAAAAUGCUGUUCGCCAAAACGGACAGCUGGUCAGAACUGACUCCAUGUGGCACAGAUCAGAUUCUGCCCCAAGAAAUAAAAUUUCAAGGUUCCAGGCACCGAUUUCUGCACCGGAAUACACUGUGACACCAUCGCCACAACAGGUCCGGGUCUGUCCUCCCCGUGUGUUACCUGAAGAUGGAGUCAAUCUCUCCUCUGCUCGUGGCAUUUUGUCGCUUAUCCAGUCUUCUACUCGUAGGGCUUACCAGCAGAUCUUGGAUGUGCUGGAGGAAAAUCGCAGUGUAAGAAGACAAAAUGAAAUACGUUGUGAAAGACCCAUGUUGCGUGGUGGGUCUGCUGCCGCCACUUCCAACCUUCAUCAUGACAACGUCAGGUAUGGCAUUUCAAACAUCGACGCAGCAGUUGAAGGAGCUGCAGAUGACAUGACUGUUGUAGAUGCGGUUUCAUUAAGACGACAGAUAAUCAAACUAAAUCGACGUCUACAACUUCUGGAAGAGGAGAACAAAGAGCGCGCUAAGAGAGAGAUGGUCAUGUACUCAAUCACUGUAGCCUUCUGGCUGCUCAAUAGCUGGCUCUGGUUUCGCCGCUAGAGGUAACCUUAGCUCUCAGAAAAUAUUGUCUCAACAGCUGGAAAUAUAAAGAAUUUGCAAACUUCUUUGUUUGUGUGUUUGCGUUGUAUGCCAUUUUAUAGUCCACGCCCCGAAAGGUACUUCUUCCAGCAAGGAGGGAAGCCUCGUGUUUGCAGAAGUAAAGGUAGAUUCUGUACUUAGCUGUGUUCUCUUGUAACCAGUCCUGCAGUUGCACCGCCUCGAAGGUCUCCCUGUGCAUGUGUGUAAAUAGGCUCUGAUUUGUUUUUUAAGGAAUUAAUUUUUUGCCUCAUCAGUCUGCACAAGUAAUUCUCCGAAUGGGAGAGGGUCGAGAGUGGAUUUAGAAAAGCGUCUGUAAAAGACAAGUAUGUUUGUCCUUUUUCUCAAACACUGUUAAACAGUUUUGUUACUGGACACAUUGGCAUCCACAUUUCAGCGUUGACACUUCUGAAGUCUUGGUCUGGUGUCAGAAUAAUGAAAUCCAGCCACCUCGUGUUUCAUUUUUAUUAUUAAAGUAAUUCCUAACAUCUUCAGCAGUUUAUCUUCUCUGUGUGCAAAAUAUGCGUGCUUAUUUUUAUUUUAGUAUUUCAGGUGGUUUUCUAUAAAGUACAUUUUUACUAAGUUCAUGUGUGAAUGAUUUCGCAAACUGCAGAAUAAGGUACAAUUGUAGUGUAUUUAAUAAACUGUCAACCAAA